AUGUGCAUCACGUCGAUCUCGGUGAUUGUGACCGUCUGGAACCUGAACUUGCACCACUGCCUGCCCACAGCGCGACGGUUGCCGGUGCGCCUACGAUCGCGCAUCUUCGGCUUCAUCUUUCGCUGGGUCGGAUUCGCAUUCACUCUCACUCCCUUUCCUCUCUUGAACUCACAGCAUCCUUCAGCGCCGGUACCAUCUUCCCCUGACGGCUUAACCAGCGCUGUACCCGGUCGGCAUGGCAACAAGGGGAGUGUCUGUCGCCGAGCAAAAGCGAGUCGAAUUCGCCGCCUCACAGACGCUCCUCGCAGACACACCAACAUUGCAAUUAGGCGUGUCGGUGACUGUCUCAUCUCUACCAGUUGCCAUGUCGCUUGUUGUCGUGGCCAGAUGGACCCGUCGCCUCGAGACGCCUCAGCCUCGAGUCGAUGGAAAGAGGCGAAUGGGCGACUAGGACAAGCUGCACAAUUUGGCAGCAUCAACAGUCGCCGAGGUGGACGGUUGCCCAUUGAGACUGGCCUCGAAGAUGCCCAACAGAUCCGAGGCCUCGGCGCCUCGGUACCGUCGCCGGUCGCAUCGGACGUGUUCGUCUCGUCGGCUCAGCCCCGUUGUCCGAGCCGGCGCAGUCACCUUCGCGACGCCGAACACACGCCGGCCUCGAACAAUUCGAGUCAACUGUUCCAGCUGCUCGCCGAGGGCUCCAGGCAACUGCGCUGCCUCCAAGUGGAGGAUCCUGAGUCUCCGCUAACGGGGCUGCGUAAGUCCGUGUCAUCAUUUGUGUGGCUGUCUUUGUCUCUUGUUGUUGCGGGUCGUUUGCACGACUCUGAGUCUUGCUGA